CUAUCACUGCUUCGCUCGUCUAUGCUCCUUCCUAUUACUGAUUCCCGCCGCUGCACUCCUGUGGCGUGGUACAUCACUAAAUUUUAUUUUCAAUUUUAUGCUUUUUUACAGGGAAUACCAAUAAUAAAAAUUUGCAUUUAUUGCAAUCUCCGUUAGAGCACAUCCCCCAAGUCCCAGCCCCUCUUCGUGCGAAUCCUCCCACUCACCACUCACUCACUCCCUUUCCCUAGGGUUUAGCGGUGCUCUUGUUGCAAGCUGGAGCCGUCUCCCAUUGCAUUGCAGCAAUCUAUUUUUGGAGAAAACUUGCACAGGAAGGCGUUAAAGCGUGUUUUAACAAACACUCGCCACCUAUGGAUUUUUUCAAGCAGUUCACAAAUGCUCACAAACCCAAUGCCAAGAAUGUCACGACAGAUCAACCAACGCCCCAGUCAGUGGAGACCAAAAAUGGGUGUGCUGAUGUAUUGAGCAAAUCAAUUAAUGUUGAUUCUACCAAUGCUGCAAGUGAAGACGAUGAUGAUGAUUUCAUCACAAAUGAAGUGAAAAGGAGGCUGAAAGAGCUGCGAAGAAACAGUUUCAUGGUGUUGAUACCUGAGGAAACAACCCCUGCUGAUGAGGAAGAGGAGGAGGAAGAGGGAGGGACAAGCUCUAAUGAAUGGAGGGACGUUGAGGCAGAGGGGCGGCAGUUUUGGUCUGGUUUUGAUGCUGUGUAUGAAAUAUAUUGUGAGCGCAUGUUGUUUUUCGAUCAAUCGAGUGCUCAACUACUUCUAGAAGCGGGUUCUGGUGUUAUUUCUUCUCCAUCACCAAGAUCUGGAUCUAAAAAGCUUGCUUCUCCCUUUCGAUGCAUUUCCUUGAGAAAAUUUGAGGAAGAUGGAGAGGAAGUCCAAAGCUUGUGCUAUCAAGUGAGUGACAAAUAUAAUGACCUGGAAACUGCAUAUGUAGCUCAAGUGUGCUUGACUUGGGAGGCUCUACACUCCCAAUACACACAAUUUAGUCAGAAGAUUUCUUGCCAAGCUGAGAGUCCCACCUCCUACAACCAUAGUGCUCAGCAGUUUCAGCAAUUUCAGGUCUUAUUGCAGAGAUUCAUUGAAAAUGAACCUUUUGAGCCAGGCCCAAGGCCACAAAUCUAUGCUCGGGCAAGAAAAUCAUGGCCAAAAUUGCUCCAGGUUCCAAAGAUUCAAGCAUCUGAAGAGAAAAGCACAGGUGGAGAAGAGGCUCCGAACCUUUUGGUUGCUGCCAUGGAUUUAAUUAGAAUAAUUGAAAGCUCCAUCUUAAGUUUCCAUCAAUUUGUUAAGACGGACAAGACAAAAUCAGGAGUUGCACGUCAUGUAUUUGGAAAUCAGAACCAGUUGGGUACCCCAGUUCAGCUGUCUCUUGAGAGGAAAGCGGGGAAACUGAAGGAGCUGUGGAAUAGAAGCAAGAGUUGUAAUAAAAAGAGAAGUUGGCCUAGCACAAGACAGGGUGCAGAGGUGUUGCUUGCACUGGUUGAUGUAAAGGUGGUGCGGAGGGCCGUGCAGAUGCCGAGAAUUAGCAAAGAGCAAUUGUUCUGGUGUGAAGAAAAAAUGAAGAAAUUGGGCUUGCCGGAGGGCAAGUUGCAAAGAGACCCCUCCCCCAUCCUCUUUCCUUGCUAGUCGUUUUUUUCUUUUCCGGUGAAAGAUGAUGGGCAGAUAGUAAGAAACUUAUUAAUUGAACUGCAAGAUGCUAGCAGGUUGUUCGUUUUCUAGAUGUGGGUGAUGUUUUGGUUUUGCUCCGGCGAAGCAUUGGCAAGAAGAUGUGAGAGUGGAGCAUUAGGUUGAAGUGCUCUCUAUCUCUCUCAACCAAAGUAAGUACCUACAAGACUGCAUAUAAACUAAUGAUGUAAUGAAAAUGAAUGAAUCUUCGAUCCA